UUCUGACAUGAAUCGAUCGAGUAGAAAAAAAAUACACAGUACAGAAAAGCACGAAAUGGAGCUCAGAAGCUGCCUAAUAUCCAACCAGAAGCUUAUCAGAUCAUCAAAAGAAAUUUUUAACUUUGCCGAGAAAAUUGCCUCAGAAUGCAGCUUGUUGACUAGCGAUUUGAUACUAGCUGCAGUCUGGCAUUGUCUGAAUCAAACUCAACCAACAGAAUCAAGUACUCUGAGCAAUAUAGCUGUUGAAUCUAGUAGUGAAGAACACAGAAUACAGAAGCAAGACAAAGAUAGAACCAGAAAAAAGCCUGUUAGUGAUUCUGAAGAAAACAGAGCAUGUCAAUCCACUGAAAAUGCUGUCAAUGAAAACAAAUGUGACUUACAUGCAGACAAACCAAAGGAUGAUAGAGAAAUUAAAAAGAAGCAACCAGAGAAAGAAGCAGCUAGAAAUGUUGACGCAGAGAAUGAUGAGAAGAAAGAGGUUUGGAUUGUAGGUGAAUCAGAAAGUAAAACAGAUGACAUUGAUAAACAGCAAAUUAAUCAGUUAAGAAGUCACUCGGAUACAGCAUCAGGUGAUCAGUCACAAACUAUUGUUACAAAUGGGCCAGAUAGCCAGAAUAACACUGAGGUAGACACUAAAGAAAGUAAAGGCGUUUGUGAAAUCACUAAUGUUCAAAAUUACUCCUCUUCAGAACCAAAACUUGACAAGAAUAUUAAAUUGCACAAUAGGACAAAUGUAGCAACUAAAGAAACAAAUGAACAAGUUAAUAUAGAUAAAAAUGUGAAUAAGUUUAAUGUGACUCGUGAUGAAAACAAAACAGAUACACAAGACCUGUCUGUCCAAGAAAAGGUAAAAUCUGUGCCUGCUGCUUCUCUCAAAGACAGUCAGUCUAAGCAAAAUGAAGGGAAAGGUCAAAAUGAAAAGAAAAGUAUAGCAGAUGUUGAAGUUAUUAGCAUUGAUGAUGAGGAUUCAAAUGAUAUUCCUGGUGGACUUGAUAUUGCAAGCAUAACAGAGUUUGCUGUUGUUGCCCGUGAUAAAAAUGAAGAGAUAGCAGAAGAAAAAGAGCCAGAUUACUUUGACAUGGACUGUGAUGAAAUAGAUGAUGAUAAUGAUGGUGAUGAGUAUGAAGAGAUGUUAGAUUUUACUACAGAUGAAACAGAUAAAUCAGAAAAAUAUAAAGAAGAAAGUAAUGUAAAGACUAAUACAAUUCAAAAGGAUGCAGAUGUAACAAUUAUAAGUGACGAUGAAGAUGAUUGUGAAGUGAAGGGCUCGGCUAUUAAUGCUUUAACAAGUCCUAGUAAAUGUGAAAGUCUGAAUGAAACAGGUAACAGAAGUAAUACAGGUAAAAGCCAGCUAAACACCACAAGCAGUAAAAAGCAGGCAGUAAGUGAAGGUACGAGAAGAAAACAGUCCCUUACUAAUGUAAUGGAAGACUUAACUGGUAGUGUUGAAGAGAAAACAAAAGGAAAAGGUUUGAUGGACAGAUCAGGUGAAAAAGUUCAUACUAGAAUAAUAUGUCCAGCUAUGGAACAUUUGGACAGUAUGUCUAUGCCUAAAGAUGAAUCAUCAUCAGAACAUGCAGGGGAUAGAAAUUCUUCAGUUCCGUCGGUGUCAGAUAGUGAUUCUACUUCUACAUCUGCAGUAGCAGUGUUAGGACUAAUGCCUGUUGGUGAUGUACAGAAAUCUGUUGACAGUGCAGCCAGCACUACUGAAGAAUCAUCUUUAUCACAAAUAUUUCCAACUCUUGCUUCUAACCAAUCAAUUUAUGUCUCCUCAAGCAUGGUGCAUGGAUCCAUUCCAUCUUUACCACCAGUCCAAGAUUUACACCAUGUCAGUAACCUACCUGGUAACAGAUUUGCUGAUAUUUAUCAAGGCUCAGAUACAGUAACAUGUCCAAGUCAGGGUUCGUCUGCUACUCCAGGAUCAUUCCAGUUUGAUCAACCAGAUUUGCAGGCUCAGACUUCAUAUUACAGUGAAGAAUAUUCUUCUGUUCGGUCACCAGGUGAUGAAUUUAGCAGCCCGCCUAGGAAAAAACGAUUACUGGAUUAUGAUAAGAAGUGGCAUAUGGAACCAAAGUUUAGUCCAGAACAAGACAAGGAUGAUGCGUUAGUAAAACUGCAGGAGGGAACACUUGUUCGAAUAAAGACUGAACCGGAAGAUUUUGAGCUACAAGUGAAUACACUUAAUGAAAUGCCAGUUGAUAUAGAGAAUAAAGCUGUGUUACAUGUAGGCUCGUGUUCUGAUACAGAAGUGAAUAAACACAGGAGAGAAUUUGUUAAUACAACAAAAGAAGCAUUGCUCAAUACAGAAUGUGUAAUACCAGCAAGAUCUGAAGAUGGAAAACGAGAAAUGCAAGCUUAUGACAUUGUUAUGAAUACCAACAAUGAAAUGUCAGAUGAUAUAUUGUUAAAAGUCGAGGUUCCAGUUAACACUGAUGAUGAAACUUCUGACAGCAUAGAUAAAGAAAUGUCAGGAAACACUGAAACAGGAAGGAAAAGACAGUUUUACAGUCCUUUGAUGAAGCUUCAUUUUAUUGAAAGGUUAAAGAAUGGUGAAAGUCAAACAUCUAUACAUAGAGAUACAGGCAUUCCUGGAUCUACUCUUCGUACAUGGCUGAAAUCUGAACAACAGAUACGUAGACUUCUAAAUUUUAAGUCUAGGGUUAAAGGCAGAAGUAAGUAUUUAGCAUUGCCUGGUGGAGUAGAAGGGAACAUCAUGUUAGCAGACUGGAGACAGCCUGGACAUUACACCAGUGUUAGCCAGUUUCCUCGUGUCCCGAGUAUUGGUAUUGAAAAAGUUGACAGUGAUUACAUGAACUAUCAAAGGAUGAAUGAUGAAAGUUUCCUUGAUUAUGGUGAUGAUGGUGAUUAUGGUUUUGGUGGUGAAAAUGAUGAUAAAGAUGGAAGUGAUGUGAAUGAUGAGAGCAGCAACAAAAGGAAAUUAGGAAGUGUACGAGGAACAAGAGGGAGAGGGAGGCCAAGAGGCCGGGGGACUAGGGGUACAGGAAGGGGUGUGCGAAAACUGAGUGGAAACUCAAGUGUGAGAGGAAGGGGUAGGGGCUCAGUAAGAGGAACUAGAAGGAAAAGAGGCCGACCAGUGUUGAGAAGUGCAAUAGGUAGGGGUACAAAAAGUCGUGGUGCUUCUGUUGGGUUUGUUAAAUCAAAAGCAGAUAAAAAAGACGAGAGUCCAUCCAAGUUUAGUACAUUAAGGACUGGGAGUAGAGGAUGUAAAAUUGGUUUUUAUUCUUUAAAAUACAAAAAACCUAGACAAACUAGUGAGAAUGUUGUUAAAAGUAGUGCAAAAGAAGUUGUAAAAAGGGGUCGCGGAAGGCCAGUAAAACGUGCUUUGCACAAUAGUAUGAUCAAAACUCGUUCCUCAGUUGACAAGGAUGUUUCUGGUGCUAGUUCUUCUACAGAUCAAAAGGGUAAACGCGGAAAGCAGAAUGUAAGAAGUGGAAGAGGAAACAUUCGGAGACGUAAACCAGUUAGAAAACUGGCUGACAGUGAAAAGCAGCAAGAAGACGUGAUUGUCAUUGAUUGAAGUUGAAAUCAGAUGUUUGCUUUUUCUCAUCUGAAAUGUUAAAAAUACAAGAAUAGUGUCAUUGAACGGUACCUUUUGAAAAAAAAAAGUUAUGUUGUACGUUAGAUAAAAAAAAAAUGCAUACAUUUGUAUCAUCUACUGAAAAAUGUUUACAGUAUGCAUGCAUACUAACAUUGUUGAAUUAUGGUAUUAGUGAUUUGUAUACAGUUACAUGAUGACUUCAGUCACUGUUUCCAGAGGAAUACAUUUUUGUAUAUGGGAAAGAGGUUUUGCUAUAAAAGUAAAAGAAAAAUUACACUGCAUAUAAAUAAGAUAUUCUUGCCCUUUUCUCUGGCUUUAGUUUUCAGAUAUCAUAAUUCUUAAUAUUUUUAGUAUUAAAUGUUUUUGAAAUUUUAUUUGUCUCAUGUUUAUAAAUUUGUAGAAAUUUAUUUGGAGGUAUACAAAUUAGUGAAAGUUAUUGCCAAGUAAAAUGAAUUGUUGGGCUUACAAACUCGUGAGUAAUUCUUGUGGUGCAUUGACAGAUUUGAGGUAAUAAAAAGUGUUAUCGCUAUAUUCUGUAAAAACUACCGUAGUAGUAAUAGGCAAGAAGUCAGUUUUGUAAACAUAACUACUGUCAGUGGGGGAGGCAUGCACUUUUCUACAAAAGCAUCUUCUAGUUUAAUCAUACAUUGAAGCAAACAAAUAUUCUCUAUGUUUGUAAGUGUACAUGUACAGAGCCUGUUGCUACGGAGAUGUAAAUUUGAAAGAUUUAAGUAAAUGCAGAAAAAAAUAUCUGUCAUUGUAGGCUUGUGAAAUUUUAUCACUUUAUAAUAAUUAUACAGUAACUGUUGAAACUCGGUAUUUCUAUUUCCAAGGGAUCGAGCGUUUUACUUCUAAUAAAAUGAUAUUUUGUGUAGCUGUUUUUGGGAGACGACUUGCAAAUAUCUUCAAGAUAGCCAAAAUUUUGGGAUGAUCGAGUUUGAGAUAUAUGAAGUUUUAAAUGUACUAUGUUUUGAGUGUGUGACUAUGUGGACUUUGUUGUACCAGCAGGUACAGAUGAUAGGGAUAUAUCUUACUGUUAAAGACCCCCCACAGAAUACCUUUGUGUUUUCAUGUUGGUAAUUUUUACAUGAUUAUAUCAGAAAAUUGAGAAAUACAUGUUACAUUUAGUUACAAAUUGACAUAUCAAGUGUAGUGUAGACCACACUUUGUUUCUACAGUGUAAGAUCAUUAUCUAUGUUUAGGGAACUACUUGAAAGAGACUGACUGAACAAAUUAGCAAGUUUGAAAACACAUGAUCAUUUUCUACUGGGGAGUGGGAGGAAUAAAGGUUGGGGCCACCUAUACCCUUUUGUUGAGAAAAUUUGUAGUUUCCAGAAGUUCUUAAAGGAUUGCAGUGAAGUUUUAUUUAUACCAAAAAGUGUAUUUAUAUAUAUAUUUGUUUCUUAGGCAGAGGUGGGCGAUAUAAAACCUUCAUUCCCCCCCCCUCCUCUUGCAGAUAUUACUCACUCCGGUUAGCUCUAGUUUAUAUUGUUGUAUAUUAUCAAGUUAUGUAUAGAUCUAAAUCUUUUUAUAUUGUCUUUGAAUCAGUCUUUGUGUAUAUGACUUUCAUUUAAGAUUCAAGUAAUGUGCUAAAUGUAUGAAAGAGUCGUGCAUCCUUGUCUCAAUCUAUAGAAUAUUAGAUAGAAAGAAGUAGCCAGUCAUGUGUUCAAUAAUAUCUAAGAAGAGAACUGCUUCAGGGAAGACAGGAUACAAAACAGCUUUAAACAAUAUCAAACUAACUUAACCUGUGAAUUAAAAGUUCUCCACACUUAGCAGUAGCAUUUUAGAUUUAGCAUUUUUACACACUGUUAAAAUAUUAUUUUGUUGUUUGUAACAAGAAUUUCAUAAUAAAAACCAGUAUUAUUCUGUUGUGAUGACAUAAAUUGUAAAAUAUUCAGCAAGUUGUUCUUCACACAUUAUUAUGAUUAUAAGUCCAUUAUUGUCCUUUCACUGGAGGGGACCUAUGGUUUGUGCCCCAUCAGUACCUCAGUCACACGAAGUAGGAUCCUGCAAUCACUUUAGUACAAGAUAUUUUUUCAUGAAACCUUUAGUACAAGAUAUUUUUUCAUGAAACCUUUAGUACAAGAUAUUUUUUCAUGAAACUUGGUACAUGGAUAGAUGGCCUCCUUGGCCAAAUGGUGAAGGUCACUGACUCCAGAUCACUUGUCCGCACCAAUGUGGGUUUGAGCCUCGCUCAGGGCAUUGAAUUCUUCAUGUGAGAAAUCUAUCCAGCUGGCUUAUGGAAGGUUGGUGGUUCUACCUGGGUGCUCAUCCAAGAUGAAAUAAUGCAGGGAGGGGCACCUAGGGUCUUCCUCCACCAUCAUAAGCUGGAAAGUUGCCAUAUAACAUAAAAUUGUGUUGAUGUGAUGUUAAACCCAACGAAAACAAAAAACAACAUUGUCUAUUUGUCUGUCCUAUCAGUCACAAAUUGUGCAUUCUGCAACAACUGUUGAAAGUACAAGAGAUUUUUUCAUGAAACCUUGGACCUAGAAGGCAUUCUGCAGAAUAUGCAUAUCUUAUUUUGUCCCUUUGUACAUCUGUUUGUCCCUCUGUCUGUUCAUCCAUCAGCCACAAAAGAUAGAUCCUCCAAUCGUUGCUUAUAGAUUGUGGUUUAUUUAGAGAAUAUGCAGGUCCUUCAGUAUGGAAGAUGUGGUUCUUACAGCAGCAUAUAUGACUAAUGCACCUUCCUAUAGGGGACUUUUAUUGCUGGGCAAUAGUCUUGUUGUUCGAGUUGUUUCAUUUUGAAAUUAUUUCUAAUUCACCAGAGCACAACAUGUUUAUGGUAAGGUGUUGUGAUCGCUCGUUGUCCAGCAUUUUCUUCAAACAACAUCCUCUGAAAUAUUGAUGAAACUUGGCCUGGAUAUUCCUUAGGUCAUCCUCCUUCAAAGAUGUUCAAAUGGUUCCACUUUGUCACACAUACUGGUAACCAGAACUUUAUUUAGGGUGAGCUAUAAUAAGUAUAGUUUCAUGGUCUGGCAUCCGUCGUCCAUUGUCCAUGAACUUGCAAGGAAUUUUUUUUAAACAUCUGCAAUUGCUGGUCAGAAUUACACAAAACUUUGCUUACUUCAUCGUGGAAUGGAUUUUGCCCAACUUUCUCACAAUGAUUACACUUGGCCCCUUUUAGGUCCAUCAGAGCUAAAAAUGAACUUUAAAUGACUUCUUCUCAUGAAAAAUUUGAAUGGUCUUCACCAACCUUGGUCUAUAGCAUCAUUUUAUGGUCCUCUUUCAGAUUUGUUUAAACAGGAACAGUUGGCCCAUUUAAAGGCACUGGACUGCAGCCAGUUUGUAUGUUCCUCUCUUCAGUUUGGCCCCAUUUACAACUUCUCAACAACUAUAUGAUGGAUUGUCACCAAACUUGGCCUGUAGUAUGCUUGCAAGGACCUCUCAAAAUGCAUGAAAAUAACUGAAUUGGGUUACUCAGAUUUCUUCAAAAUAUUCUAAUUGAAAAUAAAUAUAUACAAAGAAAAAUUUUGAAAGUUAAGAAUAUUAAAAUACUGCGAAAUAAUGUGAGGUCAUAUUGACUACCUGCAAGUGUUGCUAACGGCCGUAUCGAAGUGCUCCCACAUUUUCAUCUUUCUCUUGUGACAUAAAUACCUAGAUUAGUUUCCACUGGUGCUGAUAUUUUUAUGACGGAAUUCCUGUUCUUUUAAUGCCUGUAUUGUAGGUAGACUUGUGUAUAUGGUGACAGUAAUACACAUUUAUAUUGGCAUGAUCAGUUCAUUGUUAAUAUUAAGUUGACUUGGUCUGUAUUGGCCUUGUAAUGAAAUUAGUGGUUUGAUCUGUAAAUUGUUGGCGCUUACCCGUGGACUGAAUCAGAUUGCUACAUGCCUGGCAAUCUUCAGCCCUAUAUUGCUCUGUGGAAAACUCUGAAAAUCUUCAUCUCUAAAUCUGCAGGUAAAUUUUCAAAAUAAUCUGACAAAAAAGUUUCUUGUUACACAUGUAAGAGCUGUGAAUCUCUGGUGAGUGCUAAAGUGUCAUCAUGACCCUCUUUUUUUAUGCCCCCCUUCAAAGAAGGACGGGUAUAUUGUUUUGCAGAUGUCUGUUGGUCGGUCGGUCGGAAUGUAGACCAAUCCGUUUCCGGAUGAUAACUCAAGAACGCUUGGGCCUAGGAUCAUGAAAGUUGAUAGGGAGGUUGGUCAUCACCAGCAGAUGACCCCUAUUGAUUUUGAGGUCUGUAUGUCAAAGGUCAAGGUCACAGUGACCCUGAAUAGUAAAACGGUUUCCGGAUGAUAACUCAAGAACACUUGGACCUAGGAUCAUGAAAGUUCAUAGGGAGAUGACCAGCAGAUGACCCCUAUUGAUUUUGAGGUCAGUAUGUCAAAGGUCACAGUGACCAGGAACAGUAAAAUGGUUUCCAGGCAAUAACUGGAGAAUGCUUGGGCCUAGUAUCAGGAAAAUUGAUAGUUAGGUUGGCCAUGACCAGCAGAUGACCCCUAUUGAUUUUGAGGUCAUUAGGUCAAAGGUCAAGGUCACAUUGGCCAGGAACAGUUAAAUGGUUUCUGAUCUUCUUGUCCAAAACCUUUGAUAUUUGGUAUGUAGCAAAAUCUAGUGGUCCUCUACCAAGAUUGUUCAGAUUAUUUCCCUGGGUUCAAAUAUGGCCCCACCCCUGGGGUCACAUGGUUUAUAUAGACUUAUAUAGGAAAAAACUUUGAAAAACCUCUUGUCCAAAACCACAGGGCCUAGGGCUUUGAUAUUUUGUAUAUGACAUCAUCUAGUGGUCCUCUACUAAGAUUUUUCAAAUUAUUCCACAGGGGUCAAAUAUGGCUCCGCCCUGGGGGUCACAUGGUUUACAUAGACUUAUAUAGGGAAAAACUUUGAAAAUCUUCUUGUCCAAAUCACAAAGACUAUGGCUUUGAUAUUUUGUAAUGUAGCAUCAUUUAGUGGUUCUCUACCAAGUUUGUUCAAAUUAUCCCUCUAGGGCCCUGCCCCAGGGGUCAUAUGGUUCAUAUAGACUUAUAUAAGGAAAACCUUAGAAUCUUCAUGUCCAUAACUUACAUCAUUCAAAUUUGGACCACAUGUAUAGUUUUGAGUGGCAAGAUGAACCUUGACAUAAGUUGACCUUGAUCUUGACCUAGUGACCUACUUUCACAUUUCUGUAGCUACAGCCUUCAAAUUUGGACCACAUGCAUAGGUUUGUGUACCGAAAAAAACUUUGACCUUGUUACUGACCUAGUGACCUACUUUCACAUUUUUGAAGGUACAGGCUUCAAAUUUGGACCACAUGCAUAGUUUUUUGUUCCAAAAUAAAAUUUGACAUUGAUUUUGACCUAGUGACCUACUUUCACAUUUCUCAAGCUACAGCCUUCAAAUUUGAACCACAAGCAUAGUUUUGUGUACUGAAAUGAACUUUGAUCUUGAGAUUGACCUAGUGACCUACUUUCACAUUUCUGAAGGUACAGGCUUCAAAUUUGGACCACUUGCAUAGUUUUGUGUUCCCAAAUAAAAUUUGACCUUGAUUUUGACCUAGUGACCUACUUUCACAAUUCUCAAGCUACAGCCUUCAAAUCUGAACCACAUGCAUAGUUUUGUGUACCAAAAUGAACUUUGAUCUUGAGAUUGACCUACUGACCUACUUUCACAUUUCUGAAGCUAGAGGCUUCAAAUUCCGACCUCAUGCAUAUUUUUGUGUUCUGAAUUGAAAUUUGACAUUGAUUUUAUCUUAUUACCUACUUUCACAUUUCUCAAGCUACAGCCUCCAAAUUUGAAGCACAUGCAUAGUUCUGUCUACUGAAAUGAACUUUGACCUUGAAAUUGAUCUAGUGACCUGCUUUCACAUUUCUCAAGCCACAGCUUUCAAAUUUGGACCACAUACACAUUGUUUUUUACCGAAAUGAAAUUUGACCUUGAUUUUGACCUUGAGCUAGUCUCGAAAUUUAGAACAUUCAAAAAUGGCUCAGUGGGUGGCACCAAGAUCACUCUGUAAUCUCUUGUUAGGUUAUUAGGUUAAAGGUCAAAGUCAGAUUAAACCAGAAUGGUAGAACUUUUGUUUACAGUGAGCAUAUAAUUUCUGUUCCUUGUGCAAUUACUGAAUGCAUCAAGGGGGGCAUUUCGUGUUCGACGAGCUCUUGUUCUGUUUUUCCUUUACACUGUUCAAUUAGUUUAGUUUUUCACACAUCUGAAUACAAUUUCUAGUCUAUAUUUUCUCUUGUAGUUUUGUUUGUUUACUUUAUAUUAUUAAUGUUGUAAAAUAAUACAGAUUCUGAAUUGAGAAUACUGAAUAAAUAUUUUCAUAAUU